AUGGAUGAUAGCGUUGUCACAGUUGCGAAAAUUCUUGAAGCUUUCCGUAUUCAUUUGGGUAAAUUGGAUUUCAAAUGUGAAACCAAUGAUGUUCAACCUUCUUCGUCCAUUUCUGAUCAUAAGCUACCAGUGAGCAACGAUGUCGUCAACUUUUAUCUGAAAGUGGGCGGUUUUGUGCUGUUGUGCGAAAAUGCACAAUGCUUAAAUCCUAUGUCUUUGAGCAAAGUGCUUCAUGAGUUACUUUCUCCACAUCUAUCUGCAAGUGUUUUGGCUUCAUUGUUGUAUCGUAUCUACCAAUCUCCAGACACUUGGCCUUCUUUUUCAGCCGGUUUAUUUUCACUCUUGCAUACGAUUCCAUUCGCUUCAACACCAAGUUCCUAUUUUAGUUUUCCAAAUGAUGCGUAUUCCAGUGUUUCACUACCACCCACUGAUAAGUGGCCAAGCCAAGCUGGUUGGACAUUUCACUGCUGGAUAUACCGAAAACGUUUAACAAAUAAUAAUAAAAUGCAUUUAUAUUGCUUUCAAACUUAUGAUCGGUUAGGAUUCUCAGCUUAUUUUAUUAACGAAGUUCUGUUUUUAUCUGUGAGUCGUAGCAAGGGGAAGGUUGAUGAGUUUCCGAUCAAUUUCUCUUUCUGUCUUCAUGAGUGGUUCAUGCUUACAAUUGUUUAUUCGUUUUUGCGGUGGGGUGGGAGUGGUAUUCUUUGCUACGUUAAUGGUACGUUGGUGUCAAAUGUAGACGUUACAUGGCAUCUAAAUACCUGUGAGGUUUUUAAGACAUGUUUAAUCGGUCAAUCCAGUAACACUACAAAUGGAGAUGGUUUUUGUGGCCAUAUGUCUAACAUUAUGGGGUUUGCGGAGGCUCUUACACCGGAACAAAUCAGUUAUAUUUACUGUUUAGGUCCAAAGUACCAAGGUCAGUUCCAUUUUGAAGCUGAUAUCUGUGAUGAGUCUUUAUCUAAUCAAACCGAAAUAAUUAGUGAUUUUAACAAGCUGUUUAACUCCCUUGUGUUUGCAUACAAUCCUCUUUCUUGUGAUGGUCGGUUAUGUCUUAAUCAGGCUGUAAACUUCCACCAGUCAAAUCAAACAUCUUUGCAUGCUUUAAUGAGUGAGAAUGUCUCUCCCGUAAUAAACAGUUCAGUGUCUGAUUUAUUCAUCAAACUGGGGGGCAUGCACUUAUUUUAUCCUUUAUUUAGUCGCUUGGAUUGGCCUUCUGAGAAGUCUGUUGCUUUUGAAAAUAAAUUAAAUGUUCUAGAAAUACUUGCUCUUCAUCCAUCGUUUGCCAAUCUUCAACUUUCUACACCUGAAAUCCCAACAAUUCUGGUUCGCUUUAUUUUUGGUUUAGUUCGUAUGUCAUCUACAUUGAGAAGUCAAUUUGUUGCAACUAAAGGUCUACUUAUCAUUGCUAAUGCGUUAAAUCAAUCAGAUAUGAAGCAUUUAACGAAGAGUUUACUGGAUGAAAUUACGAAUUUCACGCUGUAUUUACUAAAAAUGAUUAAAUCAACUCAUGACGAGUCGAACAUUCACAGUAAUUUAACAUCGAACGUUAAUAUUUACAUUAUACUCAUCAGACAAAUGUAUGGGUAUUUCCUAAGUAACUCAGAACUAUGGUGUAAAUCUACCCUAGAUGUUCAGGAACAGUUGUAUCAAUUUUUAGCUACUGAUUUUAUGGAAGCUGUUAGUUUAGGUUAUAUUGAACGAAUUGGAACUAUAAUUCAUUGUUUAAACGCAUUAAAAUAUUAUUUGGCAUUGACAAAUCCUCGUGCACGAAGUGGUUAUGAACUUUGUACACCAGAUCAUGAGAUAAUUGGUUCAGUUGAAAAAUUGAUUAAACUUCGUACAAACUUAUUGAUUUAUCUGAAACGUUUAUUUACACGUGGUGGAAUUACGGAUGAUGAGAUGCAGCUAAUUCUAGCCUUUUUAACUACUGUCCAUGAGCCGGAAAAUAUUCACGAUGUACUUUACUUAUUGGUCAGUACUUUGAUUGAAUUUCCCAAUACAUGUGGUCCAGUAUUUGUUCGCACUAACGGAAUUCAUUGCGUAUUCAAAUUACUCACCUCUGAAGAUGAACACGUUCGGAUAUAUGCUAUCAAAUUAUUCGGAUUAUAUCUUGUUUAUGGAAAAAAAUUGGUUUAUGACAAUACAAUCGAAUGUUUCGCUUUAUAUUCUCUUUUGGAAGAACGUUUGAAUUCAACGUCUCCUCAGUUCACUUCAUUAAUAUACAAUGCAUUAUUCGAGGUAAUGACUGAAUGCGUUUCACCGAAAAUUCUUAUUAAUCCUAUUAAUAUUAAUAAAACAAUGUCGAUAAUUAAAAACCCCGCUGUGCUUAAAGUUAUUGCACAUCUUAUUGCUCAGUCAGAACAAACAAAUGAGAUUUUAUCCAUUAAAGACACUUUUAUUCAACAUUUAUAUGUAUUUUCACAGAAUCCAUAUAAUAAAAAAACUAUAUUACAAUUAUCUGUUUGGCAAGACUGGUUACUUCACUUAGUACCAUUAUAUCCCAACAAUAAAACAAAUGCUAAUUUUCUUGUGAAAAUUUUACAUUUGAUACGAAUUUUAUUAAUAUACGGAAUAUGUCAUGAAUAUGGUAGUUGGCAAGUACUUGUUGAUACAUUAGCACUGAUACACUUACACAUUUGUGAAGAAAGAUCUACUUGCCUUAAAGAAAAGCAAGAAACUGCCAAACCAAAGUGUACAGUGGAUGAAAAGGAUUCCAACUUAACACAUACAAACACAUCAGUAUUAUUUUCAAACAAAAGCUCUACUGAAUUGGACAGUUCUCUCGGUGUUGAUCUAACAGAAUAUGGAUCUUGUCAAAUUAAAGAUGAUCAGUUACCAUCCAACAAUGCAUUAAUGGAAAAUAAUAGUAAUAAUAACAGUAAUGCUGAUAAUAACAAAAACGUUGAUAACAAUGCCAAUAACAGUUGUUCAAGUUCAGUAUGUAAUUCAGAUCAGAUACUUGACCGAACUCCGUCUGAUUCAAUUUUAUCUUAUGAAAAUAUUGAAAUACCGCCUUUAUCAUUACCGAAAACAUCACCUAAUCAUCAACCAAAUUCUCCUUCCAGUCACAAUCACAAUGUAGAGAAUAAAGUGAUCACUGAAGCGAAUAAUUUGAAGAAAGAGGAUAAAUCAAUGAAAUUUGAAUUAACCAACUUUUCUUGGUCAUAUGUACAUCAUUUGUUAUUAGAUGAUUUAUUAUGUUCACUUGAAAAUAUCGUAGUUCAACGAGUGGUUCACAGAAAACAAUCCGUGACCUCGCAUUCCUCUUUGUCUACACCAACUUAUGGAUUAAGAGAGAAUAUUUUGAAACAGCAAACAAAGAUAGGAAAAGAAUCAGUUCAGUCACCAUCUUCUAUACAAUUAAAAUCACCAACGUUACCAUCAUUUUCAUCCUCGUCUGUAUUAUCAUUAGCAUCCACAGAAUUAUCGUUAUCAUCGACGGCAAUGACAACAUCGCUGGCAACUAAUCCUUUCAUCAGAACACCACAUUUAAAUAAUCAGGCAUCUUUGACAGAUAAUAAUCUUAUUGCGAAUAAUAAUGACGAUGACAAAAUACUUUCUCAAAAUGAGACAAACAUGAAUGUAAUUGAUCCAAAAAAUGAAUCUAUUUUUACCACAAAUAUUUUGCAUAUUAUUUCUUAUUUAUCUGAUAUGAUUGUCGGAGCAUGUGGAGGCUUGUUACCGUUACUUGCUGCAGCGUCAAGUUCCACAAGUGAAAUCGGCAGUUUAGAGUCAUUACCUGGAAUGGAGUUGAGUGAUGGAAUAGGAUAUCUUUUGCGUUUAACUUAUUUGGCGGAUUUUUGCAUUAUGGAUAAAAAUAUUAAUAUCAAACUAAUAGAAUCUGAAAGGAAUUUACCUUCAGGAUCUAUAGUACGUCAACUUUUAAGAUUAUAUUUAACUGCAGCAGUUCGUAAUUGUCUGGAGUCACGUCUAAACAGGUUAUUACCUCCCUCAUAUAUUGUACAAACAAUGAAACAGUUAUCUUCUGGAAGUGAUAUAGUUCGUCAUUAUGGAAUUUCCAGUGAUAUAGAAAAAAAUUUAGAAAUAAAUGAAGUUUUGUUUAUCCAAUCAGAUGAUUCCAGUCAUGCUUUACAAUCAUUACAGAUUAUUACAGGAUCCACUCAAACUAUGAAUGAUAUACGUGUGGAUAGAAUAAAUCAUUAUAAUUGUUCAAAUGGCAUUGAUAUAACUUCAAAAGAAGUUCAUCGACAUCAUUUUUCUUUCCCACUUUCGAUUGAUUCCAAUGAUCCAUGUAAUAUCAUAGAAGAUUCUAUGGACAAUUUGACAAAUAAACUAUUAAAUUUAUCUAGAUUUCAGCUUGUCACAGACCUGGAAUACUAUAAAAUUCACCGAUUAGGUUUUCUAGAACAACCAUGGAAACUUCCCGAUUAUUAUACAACAUCCAGUGAUUUAUUUCGCAUCAGUGAUAUAAAACAUGAUUAUGAUAAAAAAAUAAGCCAUUUAAGUGGAACAUUUCAACAAUUACUAUACAGUAUGAAACCACAUUUUAACUAUCCCAAAAAUUAUGGAGAUGAAACUUUUCAAGAUACGGUCAUCAAUCCAGUCAAAAAUUCUGAAAUACUUUUGCAAAAUGCUGAUAUAAAGAGGCUAAAUUAUCUAAUUGCUAAAUACACAGAAACAACCAAAUCGCCUGAUUUUUUGGCUUUAGCAACAGUUUACUUUCUUUCAGUAAUGAUGGUCUCUAAAUAUCGUGAUGUUCUUGAUCCGAAUCCAAUCUGGUUACCAUAUGCUAAUGUCGAUCACGUACAUUCUCAUACUGAAUUACCUCAAACAAAUAAAUUUAAACAAGAACCUCAAGUCCAAAUGAAUACCAUCACUACUCAGAAUAAUGAGACAAUAGCAACUAAAAAUAAUAAUGAUCCUAAUAUUAAUAGUAAAGAGGCAGCUUUCGGAAUAACCCAUCGUGAUGAGAACGACAUAGAUCGUAAUUCACUAGUCAGUGAAGAAUAUGAACUUGUCGACGUACCACUUGAUAAUAACAGUAAUAAUACAACAAAAAGUGAACAGAGUAACCAAAAACAGAACGCUUUAACUGAUUUACUUGAUACGUGCCUUGGAUCAACUGGUUUAUUUUUAAAAGAUUUAUUUAUUGAAUUUAUGGAUUAUUUUAGUAAAACAUUAAUUGGUACUCAUGGACAAGAAUUAAUUCUAAGUGUUCUACCAUUCUUACAGCAUACAUCAUCUGUUGUAGAAUUAGUGAUGUUGUUGUGUUCACAAGAAUGGCAAACCUCUUUACAAAAAUAUGCAGGAUGGGCAUUUAUUGAACUCGUUAAUGAAGGACGUCUUCUAUCUCAUUCUAUACGUGAUCAUCUUUAUCGUGUAGCUGUAGAAGGUGAUGUAAUUUUAAAUCAAAUACAUAUGUCUAAUAUUCAACAGCAUACAAAAUUUGAGGAAAUCACUGCACAUACUAUGGCUAAUCUACGAGAAGAAGAAAAACUGCACAAAAAUAUAAUUGACUCAGCUCGUUUACGUGAUGCAAAACUAUCAAAUUAUUUGAAUAAUAAAGCUAAUCGAUUAGCUCAAUUUAUAAUGUUCAAUUGGAUGAGAUUGUCACCGACAUCAUCAUCAUUUACCGUCUCUCGAACUGUCCAUCCUCUCCUGAAGGAUUACUUCCGACUAGAUGGUUGGGAGGAUGAUAGUCGAAGACAUCGUAGACUUAUUCCUAAUCCACAUGGUACGAAUUAUUCCUCUUCUGCUUUUUACAAUGAUAAUAUGCGUCGUCGUUCUGUUUGUCAAAACCACUCUCAACAGUUGGCGGACCUCCUCAAAGAAGCUGGGAUACAACAUGCCCGUGAUUUUUCAACUAAUUCUGAAUCAGCGGAUAAGAAUUCAGUACAGUAUGAACUUCCUCAUGACAAUACAUUAUUGAAUUCAACGAUGAAUGAAUCAGUGGAUAGCUCGGAAACUACGAAUCCUGUUACUUUAACUUGGUUUCAAGAAGAUUCACUUUACCCUGGUCGCCUAUGCAUUGAUUUUAAAACUACGGCAUACCUAUCAGUCCCAUGUAUUCUAGUUUCCCUUGGAGUAACUGUACAUGGUACAUUAUCCAUUUCGAAGUAUGAAUUAUAUUUUGAACAUGAUACAGAUCAUCCUAACAAUAGAUCGAUUGAUCAACGUGUUUUAGCUUAUAUUGAACAUAUUUAUAGUAGAUGGUCAUUAUCAGAAAUACGUGCGAUUUUUAAUCGUUCUUUUCUUCAUCGUAAAGUUGCGCUUGAAAUAUUUGUAACUUCUAGAGGCUCUGUACUGUUUGCAUUUACAGAUAUGAACACUGUGAAAUUGGUUGUAAAUGCUUUACCUGAAGUAGGCAUAGGUACAAGAUAUGGUCUUCCUGUAUCUAGAGCAUCGACUUUAGCUAGUCCCAGUAAAAUAUUUCAGUUAUCCAAUAUGACACAACGUUGGCAACAUCGUGAAUUGUCAAACUUUGAUUAUCUAAUGUAUUUAAACACUAUAGCUGGUCGUAGCUAUAAUGACUUGAAUCAGUAUCCAAUAUUUCCAUGGGUUAUAUCAAAUUAUACUACAAAAGAACUAGAUCUAUCUUCUCCAUCUAAUUAUCGUGAUUUAUCUAAACCAAUUGGUGCAAUUAAUCCUAAACGUAAAGCAUUUUUUGAUGAACGUUACGAAAACUGGGAAGAUGAAACUCAACCACCAUUUCAUUACGGUACACAUUAUAGUACAGCAGCAUUUGUAUUAAAUUAUUUACUGCGUGUUGAACCAUUCACUACUGUAUUUCUUAAUCUUCAGGGUGGAAAAUUCGACCACCCCGAUCGAAUAUUUCAUUCAGUUGCUAAAACAUGGGAAAAUUGUCAAAUUAAUACAUCUGAUGUGAAAGAAUUAAUUCCAGAAUUCUUCUACUUCCCUGAAAUGUUUGAGAAUUUAAAUGAUCUUGAUUUAGGCGUCACAGAUGAUGGUAUAAAUGUUGACACUGUGAUACUUCCACCAUGGGCAAAAUCACCUGAAGAAUUUGUCCGAAUCAACCGUGAGGCAUUAGAAUCUGAAUUAGUUUCAUGUCAAUUACAUAAUUGGAUUGAUCUUAUAUUUGGUUAUAAACAACGUGGACCUGAAGCCGUUCGUGCUACUAAUGUAUUUCAUUAUUUAACCUAUGAUGGAACUGUCGAUUGGGAUAAGAUUACCGAUUCUCUUUUAAUCAAAGCCAUUCAAGAUCAAAUUCAAAGUUUUGGUCAAACACCAGGUCAAUUGUUGACCAAACCUCAUCCACGAAGAAAUUCAGCUCUACAUCAUAACCCUGAAAUAUUUAAUCUACUUAAUGAAGAGUUUUGUAUGAGUUUAAAAUUUCAGUCACAUUCCCCAGUUGUAUAUUUAUUCAGUAAUACAUCAUCAAAAGUUCUACCGUUUCCUUCGGUGUUUGCUAUAACUGAAAAUAGAACUAUAGUAGUUUGUAAAUGGAAUAGUUUAGCUGCAGAUGCAGUAUAUCGAAAAGCUCGCAUCAACUCCGAAGUGUAUUCAACUGAUAUGAUGAUGAAUAAUCAAGAUCCACAAAUCCAACAUCCUAAAAUUUCAUCUAACAACACCAAUAAAAAUAAUGAAUCCUCUGUAUCGUUACCGCAUAGUUCCAAUGCUUCUUUUAUGCCCUCAUCUUCUGGUGUUACCAGUCAAUCUAUGUCAUCAUCACAUUUGAAAGAAAAUAUAUCAACAAAACAUGGGCCAGAUCAAGUACAUGGUUUACCUUUAAAAUCAGAAAUAGUUUUACCACUUGGUCGUUGUUUAGGACAUGAUUUUGAUGAGAAUAUACGAAUCACCAGCAACCAAUUUGUUGUAACAGCUGAUAGUCGAGCUGUAAUAUUAUGCGGUUAUUACGAUAGAUCAUUUCGUAUUUAUGGAUCAAAUAAUGGUCGUUUUAUUCAAGCCGUAUUUGGGCAUAGUGAUAUUGUUACAUGCUUAGCACGUUCAGAGUGUCAUCUCAGUCAGUAUCAUUAUUUAGCUUCUGGUAGUCGAGAUUGUACCGUGAUGUUGUGGAUGUUUAGUGUACAACGUUCAUGCGUUAUCAAUAGUCAAGGUUUACCAAAACCAUUAUUUAUUCUAAAUGGUCAUGAAACAAGUAUUAAUUGUAUCAGUUUGUCAGCUGAAUUAGGAUUAGUUCUAAGUGGAUCAAUGAAUGGAACUUGUUUAUUACAUUCAACUCGUGGUGAACUAUUGCGUUGCUUACCUUCACCAUGUACAGCAAUAUUAAAUCAUCAACCUUCAACAUCAUCAUCGACUGCAAUAGUAUACAAUGAUGUUACAGCACCAAUUCAGCCGAAUCUACUCACUUAUCAUCGUGAAGGUUAUCUACUUGGUCUGUUUAAUCUAUCACAAUUAUCAAUUUAUACUUUAAAUGGAAAAUUAUUACGUACUACUGAUUUAAGCAUUCUUUCAAAUAACACAAGUUGUUUAUAUCAAAUUAAUGCUGUGUUAUUCAGUAAUUGUGGUCGUUACAUUCUUAUAGCCGGUAAUGAUGGUGUUAUAUGGAUUUUAAGAAGUUAUAAUUUAUUACCAAUUCAUGCAUUUCCUAAAUGUGAUACAUCUAUUGAAUCGUUGUGCCUAAGUUAUGAUCAACGAUUUAUUUUCGCUGGUCUGAAAUCUGGUAGUCUGAUUGUGUUCUACGUUGACUUCAAUCAGUGGCAUCACGAAUUUCAACAACGUUACUUUUAA